AGAAAUUGGAGUUGAAAGAAAGAGUAGACAGUUCAUCGUUGUCGAUCUGCGAGAAAGGAAGUGAAGAUAAUAGACUAGAGAUGCAGUGUGGACAUUGCCAAGAUGUUAAAUGA